UAUUUACAAUACUUCUCUAUAUGUUGUAAAAAAACACGCCUCCUUUGUUGUCUUAGCUAAGCCUUGAUUUCAUGAGUUGUAUGCUUGAGCAGCCUGUACCAAAUGGAAGGUUUACGUUGCCUAUUGUAUAAUACUUUAUAAAGCUAACGAAUUAGUUGCGUUGCUAACGGCAAUGCUAACCUAAGUUUACUCACCGCAUUGGUUUCACUUUCAAAUUAUACUAUAACGUUAUUCACUUAUAGCGAAUACAGGACGUCCAUUUCUUUGAUUACACCUUCAUAACCUUCUCUAAAAUGAACGGUGUCUACCUUUUGGAUAAAAAGGGGUCCGACAUUUGUGGGCUUUUUAGACCAAAACAAUCGAGGCACCUCAACCCAUGCUCUUUGUGGGAACAUAAAAACAUACAGAAGUAAUAUUGUGCUGUUCCUAAAGUCAAAUAAAUAUAACUUAAAAUAGUAUAUUUAAUUCACCGUUAGGUAUUUUCUACAGGAGAAUUUAAUUUGAUGUGUAUCCUUCCAUCUUUUGUUCUAUACAAGCUGAAACCUAGCUAAUUUGUAUUAAUAUUCAAUAAUUGGUUGGUCUUUGACAUACCUUCUGUUGUUUGUUUUUAACAAACAUACAUUUUUUCUAUUAAACUUCAUAUCAUUUCAUUCGUCUUUUGUAUAUUUUCCUUAAGAGCUUGUUUACAAAAUUCAAGAUACAAGGCUUUAUUGUCAUUUGCACAUUAGCUACAGUGUAUAUAUGGCAAUGAAAAACGUAGGUCACAGGGUCCUCCAACAGUGCAAAGACCAGAAAGCCAGAGGGAUAUUUAAAAUAUAGUCCUCGAAAAGCAAUAAACUUGCUAACUACUGUCUGUGAUUUCUUCUCCAUAUUGUUGUGUAAACACAGCCACAGUAUGAGGCAUGGACGACCAGCAUUUAACCAAAGUGGUCCUGCUGGCAUGUGGGUCCUUCAACCCCAUCACCAACAUGCACCUGAGGAUGUUUGAACUGGCUCGAGACCAUCUGGAGGACACAGGUCAGUACAGGGUGGUGAAAGGCAUCAUCUCUCCGGUGGGUGAUGCCUAUAAGAAGAAGGGUUUGAUUGAGGCCCGUCACCGCCUGGAGAUGGCCAGAUUGUCAACAGACAGCUCGGACUGGAUCACAGUUGAUCCCUGGGAGAGCUUGCAGCCAGAGUGGGUGGAGACAGCCAAAGUUGUUAGGCAUUACUAUAAGGAAAUGCUUGAGGCAGAGCAGAAUACCGAUGAUGUGGACACGGUCAAGUACGCCAAAAAGAGACGUAUAGAGGAGAAUCAUUUUGGAGCUUCGUCUCAUCAAAAGAAAGACGGCCUUCAGCUGAUGUUUCUGUGUGGGGCCGAUGUUCUGGAGUCCUUCGGAGUCCCCAACCUGUGGAAGCGGGAGGAUAUCGAUGAAAUUGUCGGCCGCUACGGUAUGGUUUGCAUCACCCGCAGCGGCAGUGACCCCCACAAGUUCAUCCACCAGUCAGACAAGCUGUGGCAGUAUCGCCAGAACAUCCACGUGGUCCGCGAGUGGGUGACCAAUGAGAUCUCAGCCACUCAGGUGCGGCGGUCGCUGCGUCGAGGUCGGAGUGUCAGGUACCUGCUGCCUGACGGCGUGGUUCACUACAUACAAGAACAUGCGCUGUACAGCGCUGAGAGCGAGCAGAGAAAUGCAGGCGUAGUACUGGCACCUAUUCAGAAGAACACAGAAGUCUCCUAAAGCUGAGGACGUUUACUGUUGCAAAACACAGAGAAGAUAGCUCUCUACACCAAGUGCUGUAUGUUUACUGUGAAUCAAAAUUAGAUAAGCAAUACAGGCAAUUUUAUUUAACUUCCAACAGUGCCUACUACACAGAACAGUAAUUUUGACUAUUAGGCGUUUUGUUUUUAUAAGUGUGCAUAGACAGAACAGGGUGAAGUGACUGAAGUAAAUUACUCACAAACAGAAUAACUGAACAGUUGGCUGGGAGGUCAUCUAAAUGUCAAUGCUGUUGUUGAAAAUAGAUCCAGUUCGUGGUUAUUGAAUUAGGGAUUCACCAUUUUGUGUGAAGUAGUCAGCAUACAGUGAAUCACAGACACACAAACUGUGUUGUUAUCCAUUUAUUCUUUACACUUGUGACAAUUCUCAGGUUAAGUUAUAGAAACAUUGCUUCCUGCCUUCUGGUGACUUUUAAAGAUUGAAUAUAUAACAUUUAUACUGCACUAUAUAAUAUGUAAGAAUAGAUUCAUUAAAAUCCCUUUGAAUAUUUCCAGAAGAAGCAGGAAAUCUUCUUUCCAGGAAGUCUAGACUUUGUGGGUUUUUCCCUCGACAUUCUGUGUAGCUGUAUUCUUGUCAGGGUAGGAACAGUAACCUUUUUCAGUUGAAACAACGCUGUACAGUGAAAAUAAACAUAUAUAUGAUUAAUCUGGAAGAGAGGUCAUUGAAAACAGGCAACUGUGCCAAUGACCUCCAAUAGUAUUAUGAAGUAUGAUUAAGAACAAGUUAAUUUUAAAAGUUUAACUUGCUUUAUCUCAAUGCUUCAGUAUACUCUCUGAACCUGUCACAUGUUUUGUACCUAGAGCAGGAUUUGGUUUAUGCACUCCUUCAUGCUUUAAACAUGUUUAUGUUUCAGUGCUCCCAGUUUGAAAGUAAAUGUGUGAUUUGUAUUGACUUGAAAUGAAGUAAACAACUCUUUCGGUUUUCA